GGGGUCUUCUUCUUCCUUGGCCUUCACCCUUCUUCCCUCUUUCUUGUCUCUCUCUCCUUGUAAAAGCUGAAUGAUAAAGGGCCCACCAAGCUCUUAAACCCAUACGUUAUAAUGAUAUCUAUUUGACGAGCUCCUGGAAAGCUGCGCUGAGAAGAACUAAACUAAAAGGAAACCGCAUCACCACCACCACCGUCUUGGUUCUGAAUCCCGAUCUCGUCUUACUCUGUUCAUCAGUUCACCAAUCUCUAUACCACUUCACUGUCUCCAUUCAAAUCUCCUCUGUUCUUCCUUCUUCUGGGCACACGAGCUAGCUGCCUGAAACACUCUGCUGGACUGUUUUUCUUCUUCUUCUACACCCUUCUUUUUUCUUCCCGUUUCUGGUAAAUCUGAGCAUCCAUUUUAUCGUUUCCUGUUGAGAUCAGGAAACAAACGGGAAAAAGAGCACACUUGCCUUUCUUCAUCACCAACUACCACCCAUCUUCUCUGUUUUUCAUUUUCUCUCUCUCUCUCUCUGCUCUCGUUUCUGGGGUGUUGAGGGGGGAAAAGAAAGUAUCUUGGUAGUGGGUGAGGUGGAUUUUUUUUUUUGUUAGAGCGAGAUGGUGGAAACAGGGCAUGGGCAUAACCACGGCCACAAUCACACGCCGCCGCCGCCGCAGCAGCCGGCGGGACCCCCGGCGAUGGCCGUUUCAAGGGGACCGAUUUGGACUCCCGCAGAGCAGCUCCAGCAGCUUCAGUACUGCAUCCACUCCAACCCUUCUUGGCCCGAGACGGCCUUUCUGGCUUUCCAGCACUACAUUGUGAUGCUUGGAACAAUAGUGAUAAUUGCUAGCGAUCUCGUGCCUCGGAUGGGCGGUACUCAUGGUGACAAAGCCCGAGUGAUUGAGACAUUGUUGUUUUUGGCUGGAAUAAAUACGCUGCUUCAGACGCUCAUUGGGACGAGGCUUCCAACUGUGAUGGGAGCAUCUUUUGCAUACACUUUGCCCGUGUUGUCAAUCAUAAAGGAUAUAUCAAAUGAGAACCAUACCAAUGAGCACGGCAGAUUUGUCCACACUAUGAGGACAAUUCAAGGAGCGCUUAUCGUUUCUUCGUUUGUCAACAUCAUCUUGGGAUACAGUACGAUAAUCGGGAAUUUGACCAAGCACUUUAGUGCCAUAGUUAUUGUCCCAGUGGUUGGUGUUGUUGGCCUUGGUCUGUUCGCCAGGGGAUUCCCGCUGCUUGCUAACUGUGUGGAGAUUGGUCUGCCUAUGCUGCUACUGCUUGUCAUUUGCCAGUAUUUGAAGCACCUCCAUUCGAGGGGCCAUGCCUUACUCGAGAGAUUUCACUUGCUUUUCUGCCUUGCGAUUGUUUGGGCCUUUGCUGCUAUCCUUACUGCUGCUGGUGCUUACAACAAUGUUGCACCCAUCACUCAACGAAGUUGCCGAACAGAUCGAUCAUUUCUGAUAUCAUCUGCUCCAUGGGUUAGAGUUCCAUAUCCAUUUCAAUGGGGUCCACCCAUAUUUAGAGCCAGCCACGUCUUCGGGAUGAUGGGGGCUGCACUUGUUACCGCUGCUGAGUCAACUGGGACAUUCAUUGCCGCAUCACGUCUAGCAGGAGCAACACAUACUCCGGGACAUGUUGUGAGCCGAAGUAUUGGUCUUCAGGGUGUAAGCUUGCUGAUUGAUGGAAUCUUUGGUGCUCUUGUGGGUACCACAGCAUCGGUUGAAAAUGUUGGCCUUCUCGGCCUCACACACAUAGGAAGCCGUAGAGUGGUGCAAAUUUCAACUGCUUUCAUGUUCUUCUUCUCCAUAUUCGGGAAAUUUGGUGCCUUAUUUGCAUCCAUUCCGCUGCCAAUAUUUGCUGCCAUUUACUGUGUUGUAUUCGGCAUAGUUUCCGCAGUUGGGAUCUCGUUCAUGCAGUUUGCAAACAGCAACUCCCUUAGAAACCACUAUGUACUUGGCUUAUCUCUGUUCCUUGCGAUAUCCAUUCCUCAAUAUUUCGUCAGCAACACCUCCCUCGACGGCCAUGGACCUGUUAGAACAAACGGGGGAUGGUUCAACGACAUACUGAACACGAUCUUCUCAUCGCCACCUGCUGUGGCCAUAAUCGUGGCGACGAUUCUGGACAACACCCUGGAGAGGGAAGCGGUCAACGACAGAGGGGUCCCGUGGUUGAAGCCUUUCCAGCACAGGAAGGGAGAUGCCAGAACCGAGGAGUUCUAUAACCUUCCACUCAGAGCACAUGGAUGGCUGCCUUCCAGGUUCCGUAAUUAGUUCGAUCCAGGAACAAUCCCAUUUUAUGAAUUCCUUUCAAGCCUCCCUCCCUCUGGCUUCUGUAUCUGUACAUUACUUGAACUGUCUCUUCGGUCUACCGGGCAAGGACCGAGAUUUGCAUGUUAAUAUAUGUAAUGAGGCGCCUUUUGCUUGUAUUGAUCAAGGAUAAAGAUCUUAGCUUUAGCUAUGUUGUAGACUUGUAGUAGGUUUCUUGUUUUGCUGGGUUUGUUAGCUUUGUGAGGGUCUUGCAGCCGAUUUUGGUGGUCAGGUUAGAGGCCGUGGGUCCUGAACGUCCCUUGAAUUGUUCUUGCAUUUCCUGGUCCCAUAUGUUUGGAGGUUACAAUUGUUCAAUUGCCAAUCGGACGAAAUGGUUAGUUACAGUUCAGGUUCCUGGUUCUGGAAGAAGCUCUGAUUCGAUUUUCGUUCUUUCUUUCGAUCGAUACAGGUCUUGUUUGUGUUGUAAAUGGCAUGGUGAAGUAAUAUGUAUAUUCGAUAAUAUCAAAAAUUGACUUUACAAUAUGAAUAUGAUAUUCGAAUUAUCCCAAAUACUUAUACCAAACUUUCAAGCGCCAGAGUUCAGACUACGGAAUAAGGAUCCAUCGUCGUCAUAAGAAUUCAUACUACGCAUAAACAUCUGGAGACACUCGUGGCUUCGCCACAACCAAAAGCGGCGUCGCCUUGAUGUUCGUAAGCCCAAAGCUCUCGGCCAUAUCCACCGGUUCAUCCCCAACCGUCGAGAAAUCAAACGCAUGGAGAAAACUCGCCAGCGUCAAAUGCACCAUCUGAAGCCCCAAAUUGGUCCCAGGGCAAGCUCUCCUCCCGCUUCCAAACGGGAACAGCUCGAAAUUCUGUCCCUUCACAUCUACAUCCCGAUACUCCGCCGUCAGGAACCGCUCCGGCUCGAAUCUCGUCGGCUCCGGCCACACACUCGGGUCGUUCUGAAUCUUCCACGCAUUCACCAUCAGCCAGGUGCCCUUCCGCACCCUGUAACCUGCCACGUCGCAGUCCCUGACGAACUCCCGCACCGCCAACAGAGGUGCCGGCGGGUACAUCCUCAUCGUCUCUUUGACGAUUGAUUGCAGGUAAACUAACUUCCCGAUGUCCCCUUCUGUCACCACUCUUUCCUUCGAGACGACGCCGUCGAGUUCCUCCUGAGCCUUGCGGAGUACGUGCCGGUUGUUUAGUAGAAGAGCGAUCGCCCACGUCGCCGUGACGGUGCUCGUAUCCGUUCCCCCUGCAAUCAUGCUCUGUGACGUGGCUUUGAUGAUCGUAUCAGAAUCGUAUCCAUGGAGAGAUUCGCCGUCGAGAACGGAGAGCAGAACGUCCAUGAAAUCAUGCUCUGUUUUUUCUGCUCUGUUUUUCUUGUGUUCAAUCAGCCAUUCCUGAAGGUACCCGUCCAAUUCUCCGAAAGCCCUUUUCAUCUCCUUCUGAUGGCCGCCGAUAUCCAUCCAACCCAGAAACGGGAGAGCGUCACCCACGACAAACAUCCCCAUGUAGUGGAAAAGCUCUCUCACGGCGGUCUUGAACUUCAGGGAAACGGCGCCGUCGGAAGCAGAGGAGCUCUUCCCUGCUAUGAUUCGCAACAUUAGGUUAAGGCUCAAAUCGCCAGUCCAUUUCUUCAGAUCGAUUUCAGGAUUAUCCCCAAUUACUUUAAACAGAUGGUUAAUCGACUUCCGGACUUCGGAUUCUCUGAAUCGCCGGAGAAGCUCCAUGCGGCGGGUUGAUAGAAGCUCGAUCAUCGUUAUUUUCCUCAUUUCCCGCCAGUAAUCUCCGUACGGGCCCAACCCGAACAUGGCGAAGUUGUAGGAGAAGAGCUUGGAGGCAGUUACUGCCGGGCGAGAGAUCACGGCCGUGUCAUUGGUCGUGAAGAGUUCCUUGGCGAUUUCCGAGCUGCUGACUACCACAACGCUGUUGAUUCCCAGGCGGAGGGAGAAUACGGCGCCGUAUUUGUCUGCUAACGCCGCGAGUGCUCUGUGGGGGAGCUCCGGUCCGGCGAGGACUGGGAGAUGGCCGAUGACUGGCCAUCGGGAGGUGGGCUCUGGUGGGUAUCGCGGUUGGUUGUCGGAUUGGCUGCGGCGGAGAGUUUUGGUGAUGGUGAAGUAGGAGAGGCAGAGGAUGAUGGCCAAAGCAAGAAUGGCGAGAGAAUCCAUAUGUGGAGGAUGUGAUCACUAUGGGUUUGAAGUUUCACCAUAGUUGCAGGGUUAAAUGGAUGUCUUGAAUCGGCCAAAUUGGACCACUACGAGUUACUAUUCUUUCCUUCGCAGCCACAAAUGUAGUGAAUGGUCGGUUCUAGAUUUCCAGUUUUUUCC